GGAAUAAUGUGCUUUCAAAACAACGUAGAACUAGGAACUCUCAGAUAUCUGACUUUAGUGCUUGGGAACUCGGGAAAUCUAGCUCAGACUGGGAAAAAUCGUUUUGAAUGGUCAUCCAACUCAGAAUCCCAUGUUGAAUCUCUCCAAACAAACAAACUGCUGCCUAGCACGCCCACAAGCAAGCCACUCAAAUCACUAGACUCGUUUUAGUCAGAGUUAGGGUUUUGUAUCAAUGCUACUUCAAAAAUCAGUGUAACGUCUCAAAGAAAAUCUGGAAUGUCAUGGAGGAAAGAAGCAUGUUUUAAGACUCAAAAAGAUAUUGAAGUGGAACGUUUCCUGUAUGGAUUUUCGUAGCCGGGCACCAAUCAAGUGGGUUAUUUCUGGGGUGGCGCAAGAAAUAAAGGCAGAGGAUAUUACGGAAGACACCGAUGGAGUGGUUGGUGCAUGCUGACUGACCUGUAUGGUGGACGGAGGAAAGAAAUUCACUUCAUCCAUGCUACUGUUCUUUGAUGAAGAGUCUCUUCCUUCUCAUAUAAAGUUAGGAUUCAUGAGAUACCCUGUAAGAGCUUUCGUGCACAAGCCCCUUCAGUGCCAUGCAGUAAAUGUAGAAGAUUUUGUCAAGUGUGUGCAAAAGGGAAGAGUGUCGUAUGCCAGAUGAAGUGAAAUGUUGCAACUGUGGAGGUGAACAUGUGCCUGAAUUCCUGGACUGCCCUGUUAGGGUGAAGGAGAAUGAGUUGGCAAUGGUAAGAAGUGUCCAGCUUAUCUCUUAUCUGGAGUCGGUGAGAAGAUGGGAUGGAACGAGUGGCGGAGAAGAAGCAAUGGUAGUAGAGCCACCACGACCAGUGAAGAGAUCAGCUGAGGGAUAGUGAAAUACUACAUGUUAAAAAGCUGGUGGCGGUAAUGCACCGUUAACGUUGGAUGCCAACUGCCGUUAAACCCCAUCGAAGAAGAGCCACACACAGCGGAGCAGGGAGAGAGGUCGUUCCUGCGGAGGUAACCAUGGCAAUGACGGGCCAGAGUUCCUGCUCCUCGAUGAGUAAUCACACCAAGGAACGUGUGACCAUGGCCAAGGUGACCCUGGAGAACUUCUACAGCAACCUCAUCGCUCAACAUGAGGAGAGAGAGAUGAGGCAGCAGAAGUUGGAAAAGGUGAUGGAUCAAGAGGGCUUGGUUGAUGAAGAGAAGCGUAUCCGGCGCUCCCAGCACGCCAGGAAAGAGACUGAGUUCCUGCGUCUCAAACGAACCCGCCUGGGGCUGGAGGACUUCGAGUCCCUCAAGGUGAUUGGCCGAGGAGCUUUCGGAGAGGUGCGUCUGGUGCAGAAGAAGGACACAGGCCACGUGUACGCUAUGAAGAUCCUCCGCAAGGCCGACAUGCUGGAGAAGGAGCAGGUGGGCCACAUCCGUGCUGAGAGGGACAUCUUGGUAGAGGCCGACAGUCUGUGGGUGGUUAAGAUGUUCUACAGCUUCCAGGACAAGAUGAACCUCUACCUCAUCAUGGAGUUCCUGCCUGGCGGUGACAUGAUGACCCUGCUAAUGAAGAAGGAUACUCUGACAGAGGAGGCCAGUCAGUUCUACAUUGCUGAGACAGUGCUGGCCAUCGACUCCAUCCACCAGUUGGGCUUCAUUCACAGAGACAUCAAACCUGACAACCUGCUACUGGACUCCAGGGGCCAUGUGAAGCUGUCUGACUUUGGUCUUUGCACAGGUCUAAAGAGGGCGCAUCGUACCGAGUUCUACAAGAACCUGAAUCAUAGCCUCCCCAGUGACUUCAGUAAGCAAACAUUCAAUAACAUGAACUCAAAGAGGAAAGCAGAGACAUGGAAGAGGAACCGGAGACAGCUGGCCUUCUCUACUGUGGGCACCCCUGACUACAUCGCCCCUGAAGUCUUCAUGCAGAACGGAUACAACAAGCUCUGUGAUUGGUGGAGCCUUGGAGUCAUCAUGUAUGAGAUGCUGAUAGGCUAUCCCCCGUUCUGCUCAGAGACCCCCCAGGAGACCUACAGGAAGGUGAUGAACUGGCAAGAAACACUGACUUUUCCCCCUGAAGUGCCCAUUUCGGAGAAAGCUAAGGACCUCAUCCUCAGGUUCUGCUGUGAGGAGGAGCACAGGAUCGGAGCCACUGGAGUGGAGGACAUUAAGGGCAACGCCUUCUUCGAGGGGGUGGACUACGACCACAUCAGAGAGCGACCCGCUGCCAUUCCCAUUGAGAUCAAAAGCAUCGACGACACGUCCAACUUUGACGAGUUCCCAGACUCUGAUAUCCUCCAGCCGACAGCUGCCCCUGUGGUGUCCAACCAUUCUGAGGCAGACCUCAAGAACAAGGACUGGGUCUUCAUCAACUACACCUACAAGCGCUUUGAAGGCCUCACAGCCCGAGGGGCUAUCCCCUCCUACAUGAAGACGGGGAAGAGAUGAAUCCUUCCUUUGUUUCCUCACUCACUCUACCUGCACCUCAGACUGGCAUUCAAAUGGAAUUCCCCAUGGAUCCCAGCGUCCACUCCUCUCCCAAACUCAAUUUUGGAGGUAGAAACUAAAUGACCCUAUUCAAGCUUGUUGAAUGGGUCCCUCAUAAUUGAGACUAUCCCAUGUGUCUGAUCCUGCUGAAGGGACCUUUCUCCUUCCUUUGCAGGGGACUUGUAGGGCUCUGUGUACUGUGUAGAGAAGUGUGACCUACUCCAACUCGAGUUUGUCUAUCUAAAAAAGCCAUAGUGUUGUGCUGGAAGGUAUGGACAGUGAUUGUUUUCUAUGUGAAAACUCACAUGCCAUUCCACCCCAGGAUUAAAGUUCCCAGUGUAGGAUCCACCAAUGAGCAGUCUUGGAGGUGUUGAUAUGACCUUAGUUUGGGGACCAUCUCUCGUAGAUCUCCACUAGCAUCGGUCCAACUCGGCCAAGACUGAUUCUCUAUCCUUCAGUAUCCCAAGGGACUUAACCAAGAUACCAGCAUAACCGGUCACCUUAGGGGCCAGAGCCCAUUUUCACAUCAGAAGAACACACUUGACUGGCUAUACCAGCCUUCUUCACUUCUUCCUGCACAAACAGACAUUGAAGUCUUAAAGUUUAGCUGGGUGACCACCAGCAUGGGACUAGGAUCCAAUAUGCCUCACUUUUCUGUCAAAGGGCUAGCUUUUCUCUCUUCAGUUUUUCUUUUUUCCACACACACAAUAGAAUUCCAUCUUCUUAGAAAUGAGUUCCGCCAUUAAAAACAUUAGAAAUAGUGUAAUUUGACGAACUAAUGAUGCUUUUCAGGGAAUAUAUGUCAAUGUUUUUCAUGUGUUUUUAGAGAGCACUCUACUGAAGCAUCUUGGAUGAUGGUGUUUCGGACCGGUUGCCUGUUGCAACAAGGCAACUCAUAACCAAAAACAAUGAGAGUAAUUGUUGUAACUCUUCGGUCUAAUUUGAGGGUUUCAAUGGAAUUGCUUUGUCUCCAUUUAAUUGUCACUUCCCUACUGCCAAUGGUGGAGCUGUUACAUGGACGUUGGCAAGUGUUUAUAGCAAUAGAAUCACCUCUCUUGAAUAUGAUUCCAUUUGAAAUGGAACUACCCCUUCCAGAAGCCCACCUUUUUAGGGUCUUAGUUUGACAAUCAUUAAUAUUAGCACCUUCAUGCUCUCCUUCAACUCAUUUGAUUUACCAAUACUCGUGGAUAUGCAUGUCCUUUAGCUAGAGAGCAAAAUCAAAUACAAAAAUAUGUUGAAUGUACUGAUUGAAUGCUAAAAUUUGGAGCAUGUACCAACCAUUAUUUAUGGUACUUUUCCAUGGACCUUUGGGGUAGGGGAGCUAUAAGUAAGGCCAAGAUAUUGAUACUCUUAUCUUUCCUUCUCUUUUUUUGUCCUGACCACUGGUCUGUAAGGGCUUGGUAGGUGAGGUAGCAGAGCAAGUUUGUUCUGCGGAUAUGUAAGUAACAGAAUAGAAAAGGAGCAGCAUUUAGAGUAUUGAGACACACUCAGGCUCUGUGACCCUAGGUUAGGGUCAUUAACACACCCUUUCCACUUCCUGUCGUAUCUAUAGUUCCGUCUCUUCCUGUUGCUUGGCUAUUUCUUAGCAAGAAUACUUUAAACAUUACAUUUGUCUGACGUUUUGUGUCAAGGAUAUGCCACCUGGUAUGUCCUUACUUUUCAAGAGGCUAAGAGGUGUGAGUGAGAAACUCGACAUUAACUCUGUAAACGGGGCUAUAUGUGACUCACUGUUCUUAACACAAUCCCAAAUGCUGUCAUUUGAAUGGAAUGUAAUCCCAAGGUGUAGUUGAAGAUGAAUUUAAUGCCAUGUUGAUUCCCAAAUGCUGUCAUUUGAAUGGAAUGUAAUCCCAAGGUGUAGUUGAAGAUGAAUUUAAUGCCAUGUUGAUUCCAAAAUGCUGUCAUUUGAAUGGAAUGUAGCCUAAACCACAGGAGUGGUAGGUUUGUCACACGUUGAAGAUGUCUGGUAUUUUGUUAAAUAUCUGUACGGUGUUCUGGGUAGUUCAGACUACUUGAUUUAAUAUCCAGACUUUUUUUUGUAGUUUUUACGACUGAGCGACAGAAUUGAUUUUGAGACUGGUCUCACCUUUUACUGAUGCUUGGUGCCCGAAUGAUCCUGUGGUAAUGCCGGGUUGAAAAAGUAUUGGGCGGAUGACUUGGCAAAGUGCGAAUAACGGUUUGGAAUAUUUGUAUUUUAAAUGUAUGCUGCUUGGUGUGUGAGAUUUGCAUGUCUUUAGAGGAAUGGGUGAUGUGCUCAGUAAAAAUAAGAUGCUGGAAUAUGGUGUGCUCGAUUAACCAACACUGAUAAGGUGGGUGCUCUUUUGUAGAUGUCAUCCAACUGUGUGUGUGUCUGCUGUUAUUUCCCCCAGGCACACAAGGUGUGGGAAACAGGAUGUACAAACCUUUUUAUAGGGAACAUUCAAUCAAAAGUAGGGGGAGUUGUAUUUAAUCCACUGUGGUGUGGGGUUUCUAUUGUAUAUUUUCUGCCAUUUCACAUUGAAUAACUGCACUUAAUGUCUGUGGUGUUUCCGUUUGUACAGCAAAAUAAUGGGCCGCUCUGAAAUCUAUUUGUUUUGAUGGGUGAGGGAAUGUCAUUUCACUGGUUGAAUGAGCAAGCUAGCCAUGUGCAGGAGUUACAUUUUCUUCUGGAAAUGGUUUUAUCUGACAAACUAAAUUAGGUGGAAUAAUGUAAAUGGUGAAGAAAGGUCUUAAUUAAAUAUUCAAACAUCCCUUGCUCCUCAAGACUCAUUAACACCCCUUCGCCAAGAGCAAUGUUUUCAUCCAAACGGGAGAAGGGUGAGGUUGUCAUUUUUAAAAAAAAUUGACCAAAGCGAAUCCUACACUGCAAACGGGACUAGGAGUAAAGUUAGCAGGACCCACCAGUUUCUCAAGCCCCAUCAUGUAAAGUCACCCAGUCAUUGCUCCGUCAUCUCUCAAUAGUGCAAAGCAGUUCUUACAGGGCUGUUGUCAUGCAUGCAACCAUUUUAAACAGCGUAAACUAGUCUUUGUGUAAUAGAUGGCACAUUCCACCUGUGAAAACUAACAUGGUUUUCAGAGAAUUGUUCAGUGUUCCUCAAAGGUGCUACUAGGCAGCAUCUCUGGUUAGAUUUGGAAGCUAGUAGCCUACUACCAUAGAGGCUUAGAAACUACAUGGUUGAGAUGUGCAUUUCACCAUGUAUCCUUUCAGUAUGUUAACCCACUGUUAAGGCAGAAAGUGGCUAAGUUGUGUGGAUAUUGGUUCUCCAGUUAGUUCAAAAGGCACAUUUAUUUUGCCAGUCAAUGGCAGAAUGCUUGUUUCACUUCUGGUAGAAAUACUCACCUCCGCUAUUAUGGUGGUAGACUUUUAACAGCAUUAAAUAAAACACCUAGGACUAUGUUGAA